AUGUCGGAGUCCACGAACCCCGGUCCCAAGAUGCACCCUGACCGGCUGAAAGCAGGGAAAGCUCCGGCUCCCAAGCGCAAGAUCGACAAGAAGCAGAUCAAGGCCGAGAAGCGCAUGAAGAAGCGCACUGCCAGGGCAGAGAAGCGCGCCGCCAAGGCAGCUGCCCAGGAGCUCGAGGGUCCAAAGCCCAAGGUGCCACCUUUGGUCAAGGGACAGGUCAAGAUGCAAAAGAUGAAGAUGCGUGUGGAAAAGCUCGAGAGGGAGGGCCACCAGAAGCUGGCCAAGGCGAAGAAGUUGGCCGCUCAAGUCCAGGCCAUCAUCGAUGCUCAGAAUACCAACCAGUCCGAGUCCAAGCCCGAAGACAAGGAUGAGGAUAUGCUUUCCAUUUCCGGAUCCGAGGCUGAAGAGGCCACUUCUGACAGCUCUGCCGAUAGCGAUGGCGGCGUUGACGUGUCUAAGCAACCCACCGAGGUUCCCCCAGAGGUCCCUGCCGACGAGGUCGUUAUGAAGCACCGCCGAUUGAGCAACGCUGCCUCCGAACGAAGCCACGUUUCCCACGUCGAGACCCCCGCUGAGACGGAGCCCAAGAAGGAGAAGAAAUCAAAGAAGUCAAAGAAGGCCAAGGAGGUUGAGGCGGAGGAAGAGGCUGUCGAGGCCGAGGCCGAUUCUGAGGCUGAAGAACCUGCCGUUUCCGAGAAGAAGUCCAAGAAGGCUGAGAAGAAGCGCAAGCGAGACAGCGAGGUCGCUGACGAAACCUCCACCAAGAAGGAGAAGAAGAAGGGUAAGGGCAAGAAGGAAAAGGAGGAUUCUUCAGCUGACGCCCCGGCUGAACAGUGGCACGUCGAUGAGGUUGAGGGUGGUUCUGCUCGACAGGCCAAGUUCCUCCGGCUUUUGGGAGGAAAGAAGGGUGGUGCUGGCGCUGGCGCACCUGCGACCUCGCAUGCUUCCAAGGGUCAAUCAGAUUCGACCAAGGCCGAAGCUGAGAUCCAGAAGCAAUUCGAAGCCGGCAUGAAGAUGAAGAACGAGGGCGGCAGCAAACGCCGUGGCCUCGGUGCAUAG